CCCCGUGACGUCAGCAGGCGUGUUCCAGCUCGAGCGCGGCCGCUGGUUCAGUUCAUUUCCGGAUUUCCCCGGUGGAACUUCGUCGGGGUCGCGGUGCUGAGCAGCAGCUUUUCCUCUAAAGCCGAUCAUCCAGAGGAGGAAGAAUCUAACCAUGGACUGAAUUCUGGAGAGUACUAAUAGCCAGCUAACACUGGGUUAAGGCUCCUGCUUUUAAAUACUGUACAUGUGACAGCCUUGUUGAAACCAUCAGGGCUAUCAUGUGAUUCCACCACUCUGCAGAAGCAGAGGUAGACAUGAAUUCCAAUCACACUGCUGAGAAUGGAUGCCGGGCAAAGGAGGUUAUCCAGUUGAUUAAGAAGCAUCUGGUGAAUUCCAUCAAGGCCUUGCAGAAGCAUUAUGUGACCUCUGAUGCACUUGUAACCAGCGACGAUGGGGAUGCCAACACCCUCUGCUGCGCACUGGAGGCAGUGUUUGUGCAUGGGUUGAAGGCCAAGCACAUCAAGGCAGAGACUGGCGCAAAAGGCAGGAAACUUUGGGGGCGCGUACCCCUUCCCCAGCCAGCAUUUUGGACCCUGCUAAAAUCCAUCACACACAGGAACAUCAUUUCUGAGCUGGAGCACUUGGACUUCAUCAAUACUGACGUGGGCCGCUGCCGUGCAUGGCUGAGGCUGGCAUUGAAUGACGGCUUGAUGGAGUGCUACCUGAAACUCUUGGUCCAUGAAAAAGCCCACCUGUCUGAGUAUUACCGUUCCCCUGCUCUGCUACUGGACACUGAAGAGGUUGAGUUCCUCCUCAGUUACCUGCAGGGCUUGUCUUCCCUGGCCUUUGACCUCUCCUACAAGUCAGCAGUUUUGAAUGAAUGGACCAUCACACCAUUAUCCUUAUCUGGACUGUGCCCGGCCUUGGAGCUGUUGGACCCCUCAAUGGGUUUGGAACCCCGGAGGAAAGAGUCGCUGGAAUCCCUCUCACAGUCUUCUGGGUCAGAUGAGGUUGAAACUCACCCUGCUCUCUUGCCUCUUGGUAGAAGUCGACCAGCCAGCAGACUUGCAACUUCCAACCUGAGCAUCAGUACGGCGAGUUCCUCACAGCUGUCUUCUAGCCUGGGGUCUGAUGGCCUCCUCCCUGGGAUGUCUGUCUGCACCCAGAGCCCUGAUAGAGGAGAAGAACCAACUUCAGAUGAUUCUGGACUUGACACAGCAAUGGCAAAAGACUUGGAUCAGUCCCUCCAAGAGGUUUUAGCAGAAUUCAGCAGAGCACAGAGAAGAUCAGAAUCUGUCAGAGUUACUAAACAAGGUCAUGCUGUAGUAGAGCCUUCCCCACCACAGCAUCCUUGUCCUGCUGCUCCUUUCUGCACUGCACGGAUUUCUUGUCUCACGACAGUGGAACACUCUGAGGAUGCUAAACCAACUCCUGCCACAGCAGAACCUCAGCUUCCCAGUACAGCCAGCCCACCUAAAGCGGAAGAAAUGGCUGGUGCCAAGAUUCAAGAUGCCUCCAUGCCAAUAGUCACUGAAGAAGUAGCAAAUGAUUCCUCAACUCAUCACAUCAUCAAGGAAGAAGCUAAAGACAGAACUAGCCAUAUUCAUGGCCAGGAAGGAGGCCAGAUUCUCUCACCAGUUUCACCAGGGAUCUGUCCGGAAGAUAGACAAACCUCUGUCACCCCUCUUCACUCUUCCAAGGAGAUAAGCUUGGAGGAAGACAUAUUGGCAGGCAGGGGUGCAAACCAAGAGACCUCUGUAGGCGGAAUUGGGUCCAGUACUCUCCUCUGCUGCAAUAAAUACUUUUGCUGUGGGGAUUUUCUGUUCGCUUUACCUGAAAUUCUGUGCCGUCUGAAGACAAUGUUCUACCUGACCUCAGAUUUGAUGAAAACCAGCUGGAUUACCGAAGAUGAUUUUUCCUUGCCUUCUCCUCCUCCUUUUGUGGAGAUGGGGAAAAGCCUCCUCACUCCGUGCAGUCCCUCGUCAGAGAAGGCUGCUGUUGACCAUCCAUCAAUCCCAAGCGGUGCCAUAGAGCAGGGUGGGCCCCCUGCAUCCUCCUCAGAGGCUGGUAAACCCAUGUUGUCCCCAGAGAGGGAAUCAAAGGGCUUCAGGGUCAUUCACCGGAGACAGAUAGGCCUUUCCAACCCCUUCCGUGGUUUGCUGAAACUGGGAACGUUAGAACGGCGAGGGGGCAUGGGGAUCUGGAAGGAGUUUUUCUGUGAGCUCUCUCCUUUAGAGCUGCGCCUCUAUGUGGACAGCGAGGAGCGAGUGUGUGUGGAGAGCUGCUCCCUGUUGAGGUGUGAGUCCGUGGGGCAGGUACACAGUGACGGGCGCUUCGACCUGGUUUUUUCAGGCCGAAGGCUUUGCCUGCGGGCUGCAUCUCAAGAUGAGGCAGAGGACUGGCUUGAACGGCUCCAUGAGGCCCUGAAGAAGUGUCGUCCUCAACAGGAGGAAGACUGGGAGACUCUGGGGUGGCCUGAAGUCAUGGAGGAUUUUGAGGGAAACUCUGCCAGUGGAUCACCUGGCAAUACUUCUGCCCUCCUGCAGUACAGUGGGACUGGCCCAAAUGGCCUGGACUGGAGUUGUACUUUGGCUCCCGAGUUGGAUGCAGUCAAAGAGUCUGUCCUCUACUUGGAGACCGAGAGGACAUGGUCCCCUUUUAUCUUCUCUUUGUCCUUGGAAGCCUUGAAGUGCUUCAAGGCCAGGAACAGGGAAAAAACCUUGAGCAACAGCUAUGGGGUGGAGACCAUCCAAGACAUCCUCCCAGAUGUGAGCCUGGGAGGGCCAGCCUUCUUCAAAAUCAUCACCUCUAAAGCGGUGCUGAAGCUGCAGGCUGAGAAUGCCGAGGAAGCAGCUGACUGGCGCGACCUGGUCCGCCGGGUGCUUAUGUCCUACCUGGAAACGGCCGAGGAGGCUCUGACUCUUGGAGGCAACCUGGAUGGGAACUCGCAGGUUGCCUUGAAGAAUACUGUCAAGGAGAAUGGGUUCCUCUUGCAGUACCUGGUUGCUAUCCCUAUGGAGAAAGGGCUGGACUGUCAGAGCUUCAUCUGUGCAGGUUGUUCCAGGCAGAUUGGCUUUUCCUUUCCAAAGCCCAAGCUGUGUUCAUUCACAGGCCAAUAUUACUGUGAGACGUGCCACCAGGAUGAUGAAUCAGUGAUUCCUUCUCGACUGAUUCACAACUGGGAUCUUGCCCUGCAUCCGGUUUGUUGCCAGGCUCUCAAGUUUCUGAACCAAAUUAGCAAUCAGCCCUUGAUUGAUCUGAAGCUGGUGAACGAGACCCUCUAUGACCAUGUGGACCACAUGAAGCGCAUCUACCAGAGUCGGGAACAGCUGAAGCUCCUUGGGGACUACCUUGUCCUUUGCCGCAGUGGGGCCCUGAAAGAGAUCACCAAACGGUUGGAUCACCGGCACUACCUGCUGGAAUGUCCCCAUAAGUACAGCGUGGCCGAUUUGAGGCAGAUUGCAGACGGGGUGUUUGAAACAUUUCUCCAGUCACUGAUUCAGUUUGCCUCCCACCAUGUCUACAACUGUGACCUGUGUACCCAGCGGGGCUUCAUCUGCCAAAUCUGUAACAGCAAUGAUAUCAUCUUUCCUUUUGAAUUUGGCACAACCAGCAGGUGUAACGAGUGCAAAACUGUCUUCCACAGCAGUUGUCAAGCAAAUGCCAGUUUCUGCCCUCGCUGCGUCCGCCGCCGGAAAUACCAGCAAAAAUUACAGUAGCCUUCCUCCACGCAUGCUACUCCUUGGAAAGCCCCUUUGUUCCAGGGGAGCCCAGAAAGAACUGGGAAAAGGACACAACAGGCAGAGGCUGUGGGCUCAAAGAAGGCCGCCUGCCAGCCACACGUCCUGCCCCACUUGUGGGCUCUGGGAACAUCAGUCGAGAAGAGAGAUACAAAGAGUAGGUGGGAAGGACUUGGGUGAUGCCCUUCUACUAAUCCACUGCUCUCGGCUGCUUCCCUUUUCCACAGCCAUCAUUCUGUCCUGCCUUUUGGACAAGUACCUGCUUGUCUCAUGCGCAGGGAAAACCAGACAUGCAUUAAGAUGUUUGCAACCAGGACUUCCCAAAAGACUAGCAAACAGAAACUUUAGCAGACACAUCUUGAUUGAAAUUGCAGGGGAAGACACUGAGGUUUGCUUUGAUUUUUAAAAUUAACGCACUUUGUAGCAGAGUUCUUGUGCCUUCUGCACUUUAUUACAGGCUUCCUCUGAAAUGCCAUGUGCCAAACAGCUGCUGAAUCCUCUGGGAACACAUUCCACCUUUCCACCUCUUACUGUUCUCCAUAAACAAAGUGACCUUCUUAUAAAUAACAAACUAUUCCUCUCUUCCCUUUUUUUUAAAUACGAAGGCUAUGGAUUCCAGAGAUUAAUUUUUUUAUUUUUUCCUUUUACUCUUCUAUGCAGAUAAUUAAAGUUAAUUUAAUAAUGAA